GUAAAACCCGGAGCUGUACAUCCGAAACUUUCCUUUUAUUUUCCAUUUUUGAACAAUUUCGGAUUCUAACACACAUAUAUCGCUGGCGUUUGUAUAAUUUUCUUUUUGAAGAUUCUUGAGUUGAUUCUGUGAGCGAAAUUGUAGGGAUUACGAUUAUUUCUGAGAAAAAUUAGUGGUGUUUCAGCUGGAAAUUAAAGUUCAAAAGGAGCUGGAAAUUAAUGCUGUACCAUCUCCGUUUUGAGCUACUAUCAAGAAGCAAGUUGUUUGCAGUUAAAGGUUUGAUCGAGUGAUGGCAGAGAGUAAAGUGUUGCUGAGAACGAUGAUGGACGUGUGAGGAGUUGUUGUUUGGAGAAUUAAGAUGACAGCUAGGGGAGACCCAAAAAAAUAAAAAUAAAAAUAGUGAUUGCCGCUUUUGGUUCAGGGUUGAGAAAGUAAGCAAAGAAAAAGGAAAGGAAGGAGAGGGAGCAUGUUUACGUGUAUAGCAUGUACGAAGCAGAUGGCAGACGGUGGGGAGGAGGUUGAAGGAGCGCGUGGGAGUGGCACGCCUAGUACGAAAGAAGCCGUCAAAAGCCUGACGGCGCAGAUCAAAGAUAUGGCAUUGAAAUUAUCUGGCACUUCUCGGCAAUGCAAACCCUGCACGGGGUCUAGUAGCUACAAGAAAGGGCAGAGGCCUUAUCCGGAUUAUGAUGUGGCUUCAGAAGGUGUUCCAUACCCCUAUUUAGGAGGUGGGAGCUCGAGUUCGACACCAGCAUGGGACUUUAUAAGGCCUGGUCAUCAUCCUACUGGAAGGUCGGAUACCCGAUUUACUGGUGUAUUUGGUGGUGACCGGACCCCUGGGGGGAUGGAUACUGCCUCGGUGCAGUCUUGUGAUGUGGUGCUGGAGGAUGAGGAUGAAUCCAAGGAGUGGAUGGCACAAGUGGAGCCUGGUGUUCACAUUACUUUUGUUUCUCUUCCUAAUGGAGGAAAUGAUCUAAAACGAAUUCGCUUCAGCCGAGAGAUGUUUAAUAAGUGGCAAGCGCAGCGAUGGUGGGGUGAGAAUUAUGAUCGAAUCAUGGAACUUUACAAUGUGCAGAGAUUUAAUCGCCAAGCUCUUCACACUCCGCCAAGAUCUGAGGAUGAGGUACAGAGAGAUUCUAAUUACUCAAGAAUGGAGUCUGCGAGGGAAAGCCCAAUGGCCUCAUCAAUUAACAAAGAAUGGAUGCCAAGAAACUACUAUAAACCCUCUGGACACCCUAUGGAUCAUGGCGGCAUCCAACAUUACAAUGUGGGAUCAAGUGCUUAUGGUGCAACUGGUCCGAGAGGUGAGACAUCUUCUUUCGAUGCAUCCCGAACAACAACCUCAUCCAGAGAUGAGCCCUCUGUGAGCAAUGCCAGCGAGGUAGAGACGGAAUGGGUCGAGGAAGAUGAGCCUGGAGUUUACAUUACCAUCAGACAGUUAGCUGAUGGAACUAGGGAGCUUCGGCGCGUCAGAUUCAGCCGGGAAAAAUUCGGAGAAGUACAUGCGAAGUCUUGGUGGGAAGACAACAGAGAAAGAAUACAAGCUCAAUACCUAUAAAAGAAUUAUGAAUUUGCAGGCCACGAAUGAAGUUAAACUAAGCUUAUUGAGGGUGCAUUUGGAAGUCCUGGGAGCACAUAUCUUACAAAAGCUCAUUCAGUUUUGUUUAGUAGAUUGUAAUGAGUAAGAAAAGGUCUCCUCCCCUAUACACAAUGAGAAGGAUUUUUGCCACUUAGAGAUCUACAUUAAUUAUUAUCAACAGAGAGAAAUCAUACCACACUUUCUUCA